AUGACGAACGAGAAAGUCGAUAAAUUAAUUUCUGAGACCACUUUGUUCAUGGAGAACUUCCAGACUACCUUUGAUAGUAAUACAAAGAAUGACAAUGAAUCUAUGCAAAUUCUGCGUUCUCUCUUCAAAAUCGAGAAGGCUAAGUUACAAGAGAUUAACACCGGUCUCCAGUCUGAUCACGAAGCCUUUCAAACCUGCAUUUCUUCUCAGAUUUCCCACCUUCAAAAAGAACUGCCAAUGGAAAGCAAAAUUAUGGAUUCUCUUGCCAUCAAAACUGAAAGAGUGAAGUUCUCUCUGUUAAAUUCGACAACGCUGAGAAAUAGGUUCAAGUUUUGCUCACUGAGAGCGUUAUGA